AUGCCGGGCUUCGAUUUCUCCAACUACAACCGCAACGCGGCUCUCCACGCCAAGGGCGUGCCCCUUCCCAAAGCUACCAGCACAGGUACAACAAUUGUUGGGUGCAUUUAUGAUAAAGGCGUUGUGAUCGCAGCAGAUACCAGAGCCACUGUCGGCCCUAUAGUCGCAGACAAGAACUGCGAGAAGCUCCACUACAUUGCCCCCAAGAUCUGGUGUGCUGGUGCCGGUACCGCCGCAGACACCGAAUUCACUACCGCCCUCAUUAGCUCCAAUAUCGAACUACAUUCCCUAUCGACCGGCCGUGACCCACGGGUCAUCACCUGCAUGACUAUGCUGAAGCAACACCUGUUCCGUUACCAGGGCCACAUUGGAGCUUACCUGGUGGUUGCUGGCGUGGAUCCAACUGGCGUGGGCCUGUACACUGUCCAUGCGCACGGCUCAACCGACAAGUUGCCAUACGUGACCAUGGGAUCUGGUUCGCUUGCUGCGAUGUCCGUCUUUGAAUCGACAUGGCAGCCAGACCUGGACCGGGAGGGUGCUAUUUCCCUCUGUGCGGAGGCCAUCAAGGCUGGUAUCUUCAAUGAUUUGGGAUCCGGUAGCAACGUUGACGUGUGUGUUAUUGAAAAGGACAAGCCUACGCAGCUUCUCCGCAACUACGAGAAGCCAAAUCCCCGCGGAGAAAAGGAGCGUAACUACCGCUUCCCAAAGGGCACUACUGCCUGGUUGAACCAGAGGGUUAUCAGCAAGGAGGACAUGAAGAAAUACGUUACCAUUGAAACUCUGUCUGGUGACGGCAACCUGGCUGUCGGAGAGCAGAUGGAUGUGGAUGUUUAA